CUCACUCUGUUGCUGGACGAGUGUGUGUGGAACCAAUCAGACCAGCUGGGCGGUUUCAACCUUGAACCGAUUCUUUCUUUCUUUUUCUUUCCGGUGAACUUCAGAAUCACGGAGGAGGUUUAAGAAGAGGAUGUCUGUGGUCAGGUGUUCUGUGUACCUGGUGGUCCUGAGCUUUCUGUGGACUUCUAUCAGAGGAGAUGCAGAAAUCUGUGUUUUCAACACCAGCUGCGUCUUACCGUGCAACUUUAAACCAGGCGACGAUGUCGUCAUCCACUGGAUUCAGGUGAACGGAAAAGAAAUCACCGUCCACUCCUAUUACCACGGCGAAGACAGGCUGGCAUACCAAGACCAGCGCUUCAAGGCCAGGACGUCACUGUUCCAGGACCAGAUCUCCAAAGGGAACGCGGCGCUGCAGCUGUCAGGGGUGAAGCUUCAGGACCGAGGCAGAUACAAAUGUUACACGAGCACCAUCACUGGGAACAACGAGUUGUUCAUCAACAUGAACGUGGAAGCUCCGGUGCGUGAAGUCCACAUUCAGCAGGACGAGAACAGCAUCACCUGUAGCUCAGAGGGGAUCUACCCUGAGCCUGAGCUCACCUGGUCCACCAGCCCUCCAUCAACCAUGACCCUCAAGAAGCCAACCACAGUCCAGCAGACGGACCAGCAGCUCUACACCAUCAGCAGCUCUGUGACCCGUGUAGACGGUGUCGCUGAUCUGACCUACAGCUGCACCGUCAGCGCCGGCACAAACCAGAAGACCAGCGUGUUGAAAGAAACUUCUGUCAGCGGUGAAGGCAGUGAAACAACGAUCCGCUGCGCUGAUACAAACGCUCCCCACACAGGCCUCGUCUGGAGGUUCAACCACAGCCAGACCGUCCUGACACAGACCAGCGCCGACGUCUCCUACACAGCCUCAGAGCAGUGGAGGCAGCACGUGAAGGGUGUAUCUGCGUCAGGCAGCCUCACGCUGAAGGACUUAACUUCAGCUCAGGAUGGAACAUACACCUGUGAACUGAGAGACGAUGAGGAGACGAUCAUAACCAACACCUUCCUGAAGAUGGUGCAAAGUCAAGGCACCUCUCCUGUCACUAUAGGUGCAGUAAUUGGAGUUUUAGUUUUAAUUGGAGUUGUCUCGUUGGUUGGUUGGUUAUUCUUUAGGAAUCAAAAAUCUAAAAAGACUCAAACAUCACAUAGGUAUGAACAAACAAAAAAUGGUGAAGAACAAUGACCUUUACAGAAUCUUAAUAAUGAAGGAAAACAUGGAACACUGAAGUGAAACCAAAGAAAAGCUGUGACGGCACUACAUGCAUAUAUCUUCCAUGAAGAAAUGAAGGAACUGGACAGGAAGUGGAAAUAAACUUGAGACGUGCUCGGGUCUCUCAAGACAUUUUGUUACUGACUGGAAACUUGAGCUUGUCCAGUUGUGUAACAGUUUCAGUGGAGCCGUAUUGAAACGAGACCUUCAGAUUUGUGUUCUGGAGCCGUCUGACAAACAUCUUUAUCCAGACUGAUACAUGAGGACGAGGACGCUGCACACUGUUUCUGCUCUGGUGCUUUUUAUAUCUGUUCUGAUUCUUAUUGUGUAUGUGGGAGACUUCGGCCUGUGAAGCGCAGCCUGCUGUUCCUCCUCCACCUCAUGUCGUCCACACUUCAACCAAACAGCAAAGAAGUCAAAGGUGCAACAUGAAGGAUUGGACGCCUGUUUCAGUCACGUAUCACAGGAGUAACUGCCAACUGGAUUCUGUUUAGUCAUCCAUGACAGUCCUGUUGUGUGCUGCAUGUGUCAAGAAGCAAAUGUGGACUUUAUCCUGAUCUGGUUUUCUGGAUAUCGUCUGGAUUUCACGUGUGAAAGAGACUCGAGGACAGAAGACAGUAUUCUGGUUUUCUGUCGAUUCAGGUUCAAAUGAAUCAUCACGUAUCGUUUUAUAACGAGGUCGUGAAACAAGAUUAAGUUUGUAGAACGCACAAGAACAGAAAAGAAACGGAAGGACUCGUAAAAAAUAAGUCCUGAGAAUAAAUGAUUGUUUAAUGUUGGAGUGUUGAGGAUGAGUUCAGGUGUCAGGUGAACAUUUGGUCCUAAGAGGAGGUUAUUUUUUAACACUAUUGAUUAACUGCUGUGACGAUGGUUUAAUACACUGUGUUUCUUUUAAAACACCAUCAUGUGUCUGUGUCUGUUGUUAAGGUGCGAACUGUAUAUAUUUUAUGUACAGUGAGCCUCUGAAUGUCCAGACAGCUCCACGUAAUGAUUGUUAUAUACUGUAUAGAUGUUUUGUGAACAUAUCACAGCUAUUUGGGUUUUAAAGCUUUAUUUUCAUGUGUGUUGUGUUUUGUCCUGUUUGAAAAUAAAGCACAAAGAAACACUGGAGCUCAACUUGAGUCCUGCUCUGCAAACACUCCACAGUUCUGAUCUUACAGAUGCUUCUACUGACCUCUUCUGGAGGAGUUUCAUGCCUGCAGCCUCUUCCAGCAGGGAUCUGACCUCAACAUGACUGGAACUGACAGAAAAUAAUAUGAUAACAGCAUGACAAUAAUAUAAUAAACUACUUCAUGCAAAUCAACAUUACAGAUGGAAUCACGAUGUUCUUAGUGGAUUUUCUGUUAAAGUGAAAUCAAAUAAAACAUAUUUACAUCAUUAAAAA